ACUUGGCACUUGGACGGAUAAAUCCAAGAUACUCAAAGAACUCAAAAAGAAAAUUCCGGAUCAUCAGUACAGCGAGGAUAAGCGUAUUCCUUCAAAUACCUGUGAAGGAAAGGAGUUUAUGUUUAGGUCAGUUAUUUGAUUUAUUUAUUCACAUGAAUGUUAAUUUCUCCCUUUUUUGGAGAGUUUGUCUUGUAAAUAGACAGAAUUCAUACGCAGACUUCUUCUUUUCAAGAGGUCUGAACGUCAGAUUGUGUACAAAAUACAUUCUUAAAAAAAAAAGAGAAAAGGACAUUUUUAUUUUUUUACACACCGGUGCAUUAAGCAAAACCUCAGCGAACAAAAGGCAAAAAUAACAUACUGAGGAAACUUGCCAGUUCACCCAUGGCGACAGCAAGGACGGCGAACCCAGCACCCAUGAUGGGAUUGAACAAACCAGCAAACGGGCAGCUCCGAGGCCAGACGGGGCUCCUCGCCGCCGGCCAACAGCCCAACGCCCUCCAGAAAAUGACCAGCGCCCCUCACAGCAGUGGGGGCAUCAAGUUUGGUGAUGAUUGGAAGAAGUGCCUGGAGCUUCCUCCAAGAGACACCCGGAUGAGAACUUCGGAUGUGACAUCGACCAAGGGAAAUGAAUUUGAAGACUACUGCCUAAAGCGGGAGCUGCUUAUGGGUAUCUUUGAAAUGGGAUGGGAGAAACCGUCCCCUGUCCAGGAGGAAAGCAUCCCCAUCGCGCUGUCGGGCAGAGAUAUUUUGGCUCGGGCCAAGAAUGGCACAGGAAAGAGUGGAGCCUACCUCAUCCCCCUCCUGGAGAGGAUAGACCUGAAGAAGGAUCACAUCCAGGCCAUAGUCAUGGUGCCAACAAGGGAGUUGGCCCUGCAGAUGAGCCAGAUCAGCAUUCAGCUCAGCAAGCACCUCGGGGGUGUCAAGGUCAUGGCUACCACGGGCGGCACCAAUUUGAGGGAUGACAUCAUGCGUCUUGACGAGACAGUGCAUGUAGUGAUCGCUACACCAGGCAGGAUACUGGACCUCAUCAAGAAGGGUGUGGCUAAAAUGGAUAAAGCCCAAUUGAUUGUGAUGGACGAGGCAGAUAAGCUGCUCUCCCAGGACUUUGUGGUUCUGAUUGAAGAUAUAAUCAGCUUCAUGCCAAAGGAUCGUCAGAUUCUGCUUUACUCGGCCACUUUCCCCAUCAGUGUGCAGAAAUUCAUGAGCAAGCAUCUGAAGAAGCCGUAUGAGAUCAACCUGAUGGAGGAGCUGACCUUGAAGGGCAUCACUCAGUACUACGCCUACGUGACUGAGAGACAAAAGGUCCACUGUCUCAACACGCUGUUUUCGAGGCUUCAAAUCAAUCAGUCCAUCAUCUUUUGUAACUCGACCCAGAGGGUUGAACUUCUGGCCAAGAAAAUCACCCAGCUGGGUUAUUCGUGCUUCUACAUUCAUGCGAAGAUGAUGCAGGAAUACAGGAACCGUGUGUUCCAUGACUUCAGGAAUGGAUUGUGCAGAAACCUGGUCUGCACAGACCUGUUCACUCGGGGAAUUGACAUCCAGGCAGUAAAUGUGGUUAUCAACUUUGACUUCCCCAAAAAUGCAGAGACCUACCUGCACCGCAUUGGACGAUCAGGGCGUUUUGGUCAUCUGGGUCUGGCUAUCAACCUGAUAACUUCAGAAGAUCGCUACAACCUGAAGAACAUUGAGGAUCAACUGGUCACUGACAUUAAGCCCAUCCCCAGUAGCAUUGACAAGAGCCUGUAUGUGGCCGAGUUUCACUCUGUUGACCCAGAUGCAGAGGACCACGACGAAGCUGGCGCAAAAAGCAAGGAACUGGGAGCGAUCUGAAUAAAUGGAGAAUCCCGGCGACUGGCAUUCGUCACAUAGUUUUGACAACGCAUGACACAAGAUUCCAAGGAAGAAUUUCUGUUUCCCAGUUUUACACCAGAAUGGUCUAAUUUAGAUUUAAUUGUAUUUCCCGUGUUGAGUUUACAAUAAUCUCCAGCUGUCAUGUUGGUAAACUGGCAUCUUCAAUAAGUUCCCCCUUCUGCCAGAGAUGGUCCCUGUACUGAAGGCCAGCCUCUCCACAAUAGAUGCGCAUUGUCAUCCUUUGUGUUUUUUUGCUGUAAGAAUGAAAAUGUGAAACCAAAGGUAGACUUACGGAAUCGAGCGCAGCAAGAAACUCAUCCUUUUUUUUUUAAAUCUACACUCAGUGGUUACUUUAUUAGAUGCAGCUGAAUGAUGGCCUGAGAUUAAAAAGCUUCUGGAAACAUUCCCUCAGUUAGUAAUCAAGGGCCCAAAGUGUGCCAACAUGAUGCAGUUAACCCCCUCGGCGCUCUCCGUCUGCACACCUCCGCUCCUCUUCGCCAGGCGCCGUCCUGUCGACUCGAGCCGGGCCGGCCGUUGUUCCAUCGCAGCGCUUUAGCUGUAGCAGUCGCGGGUGCUUUGCUUUAUUUUUUGCCUGGGAAAUGGCUGAAUGUCGGCACCAACAAUCAUUCCAGUCAAAUUUUGGUCCCAAUAGUUUUCUGUUUAGUAGCUAUUUUUUGGUUUAUAUGAGCAGGUGCAAAUAAUGUGGCCACUGAGUAGUUAUUUUUGUAACUUUUACCAUCAUUCCACAUUUGUUAUAAAUUACCUUUUUUCUUUUGCAGCGGUGAAACUAGGCAGUUUGUGUACAUAUCCAUCCUAGUUUAAAAGGGAUCCACAUUUGGAAGAGUUGACAAAGGGUUACAAAAGUAAAUAGACGACUUCAGAAACCAAUAUGACCACUUUGCUCUUUGCCAUGGUUAAAAAGGGGGUUCAAUGUUGUCCCAGUAAAGCACCUGAAGCAGUGCUGCUGCUGGUGAAGUAGUUUCUUUUUUGUAGGUCUUGAAGUUGUCAGUAAUUGACAUGACUGGUUUGCGAUGGGUCUCGGUUUACAUGUUACAGGCCAGCGUGUUCCGGCUCGUCGGCGUAGAUUCUGACCCGCUCCCCCUCCCAAAGUGCCUUUUAGUGUAACGUCAAACCUCUUCCUUUGCCCCGACUCCAGUCCCAACUUCAUUGUAGGUAGAAUGGCACCUAAUCAAUUCCCCAUCAGUUUGUUUUGAAAGAAGCACAUUUAAAAUUCACAGGAUAUUGGUUUUCAUUAUUUAUGAAACCACAUGACCAGUCAGAAUAUCUUACAGCCUUGGACUUCUUGACUUAAGCACAAUAUAACAGAUCAUUUAUUUUUAAAUUCUAAAUAAUACUGUGAAAUUUCCAGCUACUUUUAUUUUUUUUUCCCCACCGUGUUGUAUUUUGUUUCCCCAAUUUCGUCCGGCUCAGUACAGGCUUCAUUCAUACAAAACCAUUUCCGCAGUUGGUGGGUUCAGACUAUUUUGGUGCAUUACUCUGUAUCCUUAACGAGUACCUUUAACUGAUGACCAGAUGCUUCAACUGCAAAGACCGACAGGCCACAAUUUUCUGUAAAAUGUGUCAAUGCCAGCGCCUGAAAUGCAUUAAACUCCAACUGAUUUGA